UUCUCUUCUCUUUCUUCUCUCCGCAUCCACGGUCCUACCUUUUAUCGCUUCUCUCUUUCUCUCUCUAGGGUUUCUUUCUUUUCUUCUCUUUCAGCUGCUGAGUUACUUGUGCUGUCCGAUUCCCACCAACCAUGGGGUCGAUCCCCGAUCCAGGCGAGUUAACCGAGUUGACUCGGCCGAGCUUCGACCAGUUCCAACGCCAGACCUCUCUUAUGACCAGCUGUACUCUUCUCUGGAAGGAGCUUUCUGACCACUUCACCUCUCUCGAGCAGAACCUCCAGAAGAAAUCGGAAGCUCUCAAGCAUAAAUUACAGACACUAGACCACGACACGAAGGCCACGCUCGCAUCCCUCAAGAAGCGUGAGGUCACUAUUGACGGAAGUGUGGAGAUUACACUCGAGCGUGUAGAGGAGCAUAGAGAAGCCGCUCUCAAGUUAGUCGAGAACUCCAAUUUUGACCAUCCUGAUGGCGAGGUGGAUGACGGCGAUGGACUGUUACAGCUUCUGAAAUCCUUCUGCUUGAAAAUGCACUCCAGGGAGUUCUGGCAGUUUGUGAUUACCAAGAAGAAGGAACUUGAUGUGUUGAGGAGCCAGAUUCCUUUGGCUUUGGCAGAAUGCGUGGAUCCUGCUAGGUUUGCCUUGGAAGCCAUUUCAGAGGUCUUUCCGGUGGAUAAGAGAGUAGAAAGGACUGAGAAAGGGAAUGAUUUGGGAUGGGCUUGUGUGCUGGUUCUGGAGAGCUUGAUUCCAGUGGUGGUAGACCCGGUGAUAGGCAAGUCCAGGCUGUUAGUGACACCAAGUGUGACAGAAAGGGCCAAAGAGAUUGCGGAGACUUGGAAGAGAAGCCUGGAAGAGCGUGGUGGGAUUGAGAAUGUCAAGACUCCUGAUGUGCAUACUUUCUUGCAGCAUUUGGUCACUUUUGGGAUUGUGAAGAAGGAGGAUAUGGAUUUGUACAGGAAACUCGUAGUUGGGUCUGCUUGGCGCAAGCAGAUGCCUAAGCUUGCUCUCUCGCUUGGUUUGGCUGAUAAAAUGCCUGAUAUGAUUGAAGAACUAAUUACUAGGGGACAGCAGCUUGAUGCUGUGCAUUUUACUUAUGAAGUUGGCCUUGUAGACAAGUUCCCCCCUGUUCCAUUGCUAAAAGCAUUUUUGAAGGAUGCAAAGAAGGCUGCAGCUUCUAUUUUGGAUGAUCCCGAUACUGGUCGAGCUGCGCACCUUGCUGCCCGGAAGGAGCAGUCAGCUCUUCGGGCUGUCAUUAAGUGCAUUGAAGAAUACAAACUAGAGGCUGAGUUCCCACCAGAAAAUCUCAAGAAACGCCUUGAACAGGUAGAGAAGGUCAAGACUGAGAAGGUCAAGACUGAGAAGAAAAGGCCAGCUGCAGUUCCUGCCAACAAAAGAACACGUGCCAGCAAUGGUGGUCCAAUGCCUCCAGCCAAGGCUGGCCGUUUGACAAAUGCUUAUGUAUCGUCUUUUCCUGCACCUCCAACAUUUGUGAGGUCUCCCUCUCACGCUCAAUACCCUACUGGCGUACCUGCAUAUCCUUCUCCGGCAGCUGUUUAUGGCAGCAGGAGCCCUCAAUCUCCAUAUGCUUACUCACCAGAAGCAGCUGCUCCCAUUGCUGGAUCGUAUCCUGGAGCUCCUUUGAAUUAUCCUGCAUAUGGAGGCUAUGGAAAUGGUUUCGCCCCAGCUUAUCAGCAGGCUUACUACCGAUAGACAUGACUACUCGUUGAAGAUGGUAACCACUGAUAUGAUGACCCCAAUCUCAUUUGCUUUCUCAACUGGCUUGUUUGUAAUCACUAACCUUUUUAAUGGUAGCGAUCUAUGUGUGUUAAUUAUAACUUUCUACUUCUUGCUGUCUCGUGGUAAGAAGUUGUAUUUCUAAUGUUGAUCAAACUGUAGCACUAGGUACUUGUGAAAGUAAUCCUGAUGGAAACAUAACAAUGUUGAUGUACUAAAAUUACGGCCGCUGUUAUUAGGGUUAGUUGUAGAAAAGCUGUUCCCUGC